AUGUUCAUUAUUUAUUCUGCUUCUUUACAACCUAGUCCAUUAGAUUCUGCACAGAGAAGUUCCGCUUACAUCCGGCACAAACUUGGUGGGAGAUCAAGUUCCUUGGAAAUUGAUGAAUCAAAAACUGGAAUUUCUACUUUCUCUUUGUCACCUAAUCCUUCACCUGUAAGCUCAAUCCAAAACCUAACACAAUCUAAAUCCAGUGGUAGGAAGAAAUCUGAGGAUAUAUAUGUGGUACUGUAUAAUUUCAAGGGGAAAGAGAAAGAUGAUCUUGACCUCAGAGCUGGUUGGCGCCUUUCAGUCCUUGAUAAUUCUAAAAAGGAUUGGUGGAAGGGCAAAUGUAAUGGCAAAUCUGGACAUUUUCCUGCUGCCUAUGUAGAACGUCUGCAACCAGGACAACGUAUCUUUCAGGUGACAAGCCCUAUCCACAUCAAUGAAGGGGAUGUAGAUGUGCGCUUUCAUAAAGAUCAAAUUGUUCUCCAGGUUGGAGAGGAGUCAAAUGGAAGUAUCUUGGUUAAGUCAAUGAACAACAGACAAGCAGUCUGCCCACUGAAGUACCUGGUAGAAGUAUAA